CAUCACCACAAGCCUCCACAGUCUCCCUUUAUAUUGGCCACCCUAAAACAGCAUCAUCACUACCUUGUCGGCCUCUUUAACUCAAUUUCUCUCUUCCACUACCACAAAAAACCUCACUGUUAAUCCCUUUCUCUCUCUCUUUCUCUUUCUACCUCUUUCUUGAUCUCCAUUUCCAUAUUUCAGGUGCUCCGUUUCUCUAUAGGGUACCAAAAACCAUGAAACAACAACUCACUCUUCAAAGAACCAGUAGCUGUAACAGAAGCACAAGAAAGAUAAUCCCUUCCGCUUACAUAAGAUCAUCAUCAACCCCAUCUUCCAUACCUGAACAAGACCACAGCUCAGAUAAACUCCUUCUCCGGCGAGACUCUCCAGUCACUUCACAGCGCCUUAAUAAUAAAAUCCACUCAAGAUUCUCUUCUCUUCUCCGUUCUAUUUUCAAGAUUGUUUCUUUCCCUAAUUUUAUUAUCCCUACUUGUAAUUGGCUUUCUAUCCCUUAUCAAAUCUCUAUUACACCUUCUCUUGGCCGGAAAGUCACAGGAACUCUUUUCGGUCACCGCCGUGGCCCUGUUAGCUUCGCCGUUCAAGAUGAUCCAAAGUCUGAACCGGUUUUAUUACUAGAACUAGCCAUGUCAACAUCUAUGUUAGUUAAAGAAAUGUCUUCUGGUCUAGUUCGGAUCGCGCUCGAGUGUGAUAAAGUUCCGGUUUCGAUACCGGCGGGAAGUACCGGCGGACGAUCAGGAAAGUUGUUUAACGAGCCAAUGUGGACUAUGUAUUGUAAUGGAAGGAAGUGUGGAUAUGCAAUGUCGCGGACGUGUACAGAACUUGAUUUACACGUGCUAAGUACGGUGCAAAGCGUGUCGGUCGGAGCCGGAGUUAUUCCGAUGGUGGAAGAUGGCCGGAAAAUGAACGAGUCAGAAGGUGAGUUGUUGUAUAUGAGAGCUAAGUUUGAACGAGUUGUAGGUAGCCGUGACUCGGAGGCUUUUUAUAUGAUGAAUCCAGAUGGAAAUGGAGGACCUGAACUUAGUAUAUUUCUUUUAAGAAUAUGAAAAAAAAAAAAAGAUGGAGAAUAUUAAAAAAUAAAUUCAUAGAGAAGAAAAAGAAAGACUUGUGAGAUUUAUUUUUUAUAGGUAAUGUAAAAUGGGUUGUUUGUCUAAUUAAUUAGUAAUUUCUAUGAUGUUUGUA